GUAAAGGUCUUCAGGGAUUGGGUCAGCUCCUGAUGAUCCGGUCUUAUAAAAGCAAGCGAUGGAACGCCACUUACUCUUGAUCAGGCAUGAUGAAGACUCUUCUGCUUUUGGGAUUGUUGGCAGUGGCUCUCUGUGAGCCGACCAGCUAUGUUGGGGAUAAAGUUUUCCGUCUGUGGCCUGUGAGCGAUACACAAGUAUCAUUCAUCAAGGAGUUGGCCAGCAACGUGAAGGUGAACUUCUGGAGCCCUGACAGUGCUGACUUGGUCACAGUUUACAGCAAUGUCGACGUCCAUAUCCCUGCUUCUCACAUUGACAUGGUUUCCGUCAUGCUGCAACAGAGCGGCAUGGACUACCGAGUGCUGAUUGAGGAUGUGCAGACGGCUGUGCGACAACAGCUUGACAACAACCAGCUGACCAAAGCCCAUAGCUACGUAAAGUACAACGACUGGGCAAAUAUCGAGGCCUGGGUCAGCUCCAUCAGCUCAGGCAACCCUGCGCUGAUCAGCCGGUCGUCGCUUGGGAAAACAUACGAGGGCCGCAACAUGCACCUGCUCAAGAUUGGAAAGAACACUGGCUCCACCAAGCCUGCCAUCUUCAUGGACUGUGGAAUCCACGCCCGCGAGUGGAUCAGCCCCGCUUUCUGUCAGUGGUUCGUCCAGGAGGCCGUGACCACCUACGGAAGUGACGCUCAGAUGACCAGCCUGCUGGACACAUUGGAUAUCUUUGUGCUGCCUGUGUUUAAUGUGGACGGUUACGAGUACAGCUGGAAGAGCGAGAGGAUGUGGAGGAAGACGCGCUCUCGCAAUAGUGGAUCCAGCUGCAUCGGCACCGAUCCCAACAGGAACUUCGAUGCUGGCUGGUGCACGGUGGGAGCCUCCAGUAACCCCUGCAGUGACACUUACUGUGGACCUUCUGUCGAGUCGGAGAUCGAGUCGCAGAACGUGGCAAACUUCAUCCGCAAGAACAAGUCCAUCAUUAAGGCUUACCUCACCAUCCACUCGUACUCUCAGCUCCUCCUGUUCCCCUACUCCUACAAAUACGGGCAGGCCAAAGACCACGCCGAGCUGACGAGUGUGGCAGCGUCCGCAUCAGAGGCACUGCGCAGUCUAUAUGGUACUCGCUACACCAGCGGCCCUGGAGCAACCACCAUCUACCUUGCUGCUGGCGGUUCUGAUGAUUGGGCCUAUGAUCUGGGUGUGAAAUACUCCUUCACUUUCGAGCUCCGUGACACUGGCCGCUACGGCUUCCUGCUGCCCGAGUCUCAGAUCAAGCCCACGUGUGAGGAGACCAUGCUGGCCGUCAAGUACAUCGCUGCCCACGUGCAGAAAAACCUGUACUGAGAGAAAAAUGUGCUAAAAGUGCAUAUAUGAGAAUAAUUACAAUAAAACAUGAUUUUUGCUAAAGUCAAAA